GCCUCGGGCGCACGCGGCGCGUGUGUUUAUUAUGCGCGGCGGCCACGAGACUCGGGUCACUUAGUGACGAGCGCGGUUGUGUGACAGCAGUGACAGCAGUGACAGCGCUCAUUUCCACUGCGGGAAUUCUGUCCCGUGAGGGGCUCGACACGACAGAGAAAAGAGUGUCUUCGCUGGGCAUCCUGACUCUUGCGGUGUGUAUUUUUACCAGCAUUCACACAAUGCUGGUUCAAGAAUCUUAAGUGAUGCUGUAACAGGAAAAGGACGAAACGCACAGCGUUGGCCGUAAACAUCCUCAGUGUCGAGGCCUUUUGGGUCAACAUCCUGACUUUUCGAUGUAAGGAAGAAAGUACGUCUGUUUCCAGCCUGCCCAGAUGCUGCAGAUGCUGUCUGGAAGCUGAUGUGAAGGAGAAGACCUAGUGCUCUCUGUAACGCAAAGAAGCCUGACAUGGGGACUGCAGCACUGCAGAGACAGGCUAAUGGAAGGACGCAAACCCUGUGGCUCAGGGGACCUUGUCUGCUGGUACUUCUUCUACUGAUGCUGCUGCUGCUACCUGCCAUCUCUGAUACCCGACAAGAGGCUCUGGCUAGACUGCAGCUCUCGUACACAGACUUGCGGUCUGCGAACAGCUCAGCUGCGUUCUGGGGCGACGGGGAGAGCGGCGGCUACCAGGCCCUGCUUCUGGACGAGGACCGAGGCUGGCUGCUGGUCGGGGGCCGGGACCACAUCUACAUGUUGCACUGUGACAACCUGGAGCAGCUGGCACGUGAGAUUUAUUGGCCUGCUCCGAAGGAACAAGUCGAGCACUGCAGGCAGGCGGGGAAGAACGUCUUGACGGACUGCGCCAAUCACGUGAGGCUCCUGCAGCCCUUUAAUAAAACCCAUGCGUACGUCUGUGGGACCGGCGCGUACCACCCAGUCUGCGCUUUCGUUGACCUGGGUCACGGAACCGAGGAGCCUUCGUUCCAGCUGCCGCCCCACACGGUGGAGUCCGGCAGGGGGAAGUGUCCCUACAGCCCACUGGAGCCCUUCACCGCUAGACUCUCUGAUGGAAACCUUUACGCUGGAACAUCUGUGGACUUCAUGGGCACUAAUGCAGCUAUCUUUCGAACAUCUGUGUACGGCAGCAGCCCGCACUAUAUCCGCACCGAGGCCUACCAAGACCACUGGCUUAAUGAACCAGAGUUCGUGGGGUCUUUCCCCAUCCCGGACACUCACAGCCCGGACGAUGACAAGAUCUACUUCUUCUUCAGGGAGACAGCGGUGGAGUCCAGCCAGUGGGACAGGCACGUCUACAGCAGGGUGGCCCGGGUGUGCAAGAAUGAUAUUGGGGGGAAAAGGUCACUGAUCAACAGGUGGACCACCUUCCUGAAGGCCAGGCUGGUGUGCUCAGUACCAGGACCGGACGGCUUGGACACGCACUUCGAUGAGCUGGAGGAUGUCUUUGUUCUGGAAACUAAAGACCCCCAGAAUCCUGUCAUAUACGGAGUCUUCUCCACCUCUAGUUCCGUGUUCAAGGGCUCAGCUGUGUGCGUGUACUCCAUGGCCUCCAUCCGCGCUGCCUUCAACGGGCCCUUCUCCCACAAGGAGGGUCCCGAUUACCGCUGGGUGGAGUACAAGGGCAGGAUCCCGUACCCAAGACCUGGCACGUGCCCGAGUGAGACAUACGACCCCCUCCACAAGUCCACCCGCGACUUUCCGGACGACGUGAUCAGCUUUAUGAGAGCGCACCAGCUUAUGUGGGAACCAGUUCUACCCAUCAACAGGAGACCUGUGUUUAUGAGAGUCAGCGCCCCCUACAGUCUGCGGAAGAUAGUGGUGGACAGAGUGGAUGCCGAAGAUGGCCAGUAUGAUGUGUUGUACUUGGGCACAGAUGACAGCAAGAUUUUGAAAGUCAUUUCCAUUCCCAAGGAGAACUGGGAGACAGAGGAGGUCAUAUUGGAGGAGCUGACUGUCUUUCAGAAGUUGACUCCGAUCCUCAACAUCGAGCUUUCGACGAAACGGCAACUCCUGUACGUGAGCAGUGACCUAGGACUAGCCAAGCUGCCCCUCCAUCGCUGCCAGCUCUAUGGCCAGGCCUGCAUGGACUGCUGCCUGGCCAGGGACCCCUACUGUGCCUGGGAUGGCACCACCUGCAGCACUUACUUCCCCAGCAACAAGAGACGUGCCCGUCGACAAGACGUCAGGUACGGAGAUCCCCGGAACCAGUGCGACAUGGAAGAUGGUUCAAAGGCUGUUGAAGAGAGACUGAUCUAUGGAGUAGAGGGCAACUCCACCUUCCUGGAGUGUGUGCCGAGGUCCCAGCAGACAGCAGUCAGGUGGACGGUGCAGCAUCCUUUGGCCCACAACAGCAGGGAUCUCCUGCCAAUGGAGGAACGGGUCGUACAUAUGAAACGGGGCUUGCUUCUCCAGCGCUUGGACCCAGGUGAUGCAGGCCUGUACACAUGCCUGGCCCAGGAGCACACGUUCUCCCACAUACUGGCCCGCUACCGCCUGCUAGUGGUGCCGCGGCAGCGUGUGGUCAGCACACCCGUCCGAGAGCCAGGGAACAGCGGGACUCUGCCCCAGUAUGGCCAGCCCCCUAAGAGUUACAAGGACUGGCAUCUGAUGGGCACGGGCAGCCUGAGCGUGGAUGAGUACUGUGAGCAGCUGUGGUACCGUGAGAAGCGCCGACAGCAGAAGCUGCGCAGCUUGAAGUGGAAACAAGCGGCCGACAGCAGGAAGGCCAGGGUGCGACGACACAACCCCCUCUACCCCUUACCAUAGUAGAGUGGAAAUCUGGAUUUGGGAGAUAAAGGAGCUGAAGGAUAAAGGAUAAAGGAGAUAAAGGCAUUGCAGGGACUAUAGGAUCUGUGCCAUUGCUAGCAGCACAGUUUAGUUACAGCACCUCACACACAUUUUACAUUUAUUUGGGAAUGGCUUCUGUAGACGUUUUCUUCCUCUCCAUCUAGUAACUGAGACACUGCGGUUCUGCACAGGAUUCAGCGUUCCACAGUGUGAAUUUAAGUCUUUUUUUCUGCCAUUACCAAAGCUGAGCAAGUUGCAUUUGCAGUUGUCAUUUUUCACACAAGUACCAUAAUCUGCCUGCACCACUCAUUUUGACUCUAGGAUGUAUAUUCAGUUUUUUU